CUCCAUUGUCCAGUGGUCAGUACUAGUCUUGAGCACUCACCAGCACCGCCACAGUGGUAUGGAUCAGAGGCUACUGUUUCUAGUGUUGGUCCCAGGAAUCCUCCUCCUCACCAGUCUUGCAGAUGCUUCUUCAACUUCAACACUGGGCAGGCAGCAAGUUCAGGCGACUCGAGUUCUUGGCCGCAGAGGCAGAGAGCUGAAAGGUGAAGGCUUGUUAGGCCACCCAUACCGGCAUGAAGCCGACCACAAGCAGCAGCAGCACGAGGAAGUAGCAAUGGAGACGACGACGACGAGGACGGCAGCGACGAGCACGGCUGGUUGGGCGGACGAGGACGAGGGGGAGAGGGAAGAAGGGCUGAUCGAAAGCGCGGAUUACAGCGGGGUGGCCAUGCACUCUCCAUCUCCGCCCAAACGCAAGCACCCAAAGAAGCCAUAGCCAGUCGAGCUCGACCAGUCUCUCGUUCUGUCCGUGUAUAAUCUUAUUUAGCUUUAGUCUAAUUCCGUCAUGGAGUUGCAUGUACCCUUGCCUUCUUCAUAAACACAAUGUUUCUGCUGCUUCUGUUCUGUAUAUAUCGCCAUGGCUGUGCUCGUGCAUUUCGCUGCAGUAGCAGGCUAAGCUAGCUGCGCCAGAGCUGAGAGAAUUUAACAGGAGACCAUGAUUUGCUCAAGUAAAUGAUAAUUAGGGCUUCUUGGAACUUGGGGAAUUUUAUAGGAUUUUCAUAAGAAACUGUUUAGUUCCUCUGAAACCCUGAAGGCUCCUUCAAAAAACAAAAAUUUUACAAAGCUUUCGCAAUAAAGA